CGAAAAGUUGAAUGCGCCCAGGCGCUAGUCCCCGCUAAUUGCCAGUGUCGCGUGUGAAGGGUUCAGCGAACCACUACACUUUUACGAAUGCGCUGCCAAACCUUAGAACGGCUGUAAUAUCUCUCUCUCUCAUUACUUUUCCGAUGUAACGACUUCGAAAACGACUCUCACCCAAAAUGGUCUCCCUCGCUGCUCCCCGCAUACCUGCGAACAACUUCAUGGCGCCCACCGUCAGCAGCAGCCUGAAACGCAAGCAACGCGACGUCUCUUCCGAUGCAGAGAAUGACAUCACAGUCCAAGCAAAGCGCCGCCGCGUCACCUUUGACCCCAACAUCGAUGUACAGGUAGUCAUGGAGGUGGAGAAGAGUAUGGAGCUGGUGGCGGAGGAAGUACGGCGGGCAAUCGAAAAGCAUGCAUAUGGCGAGAAGGGCGAAUAUGACCAGCUGCGCAGUCUGUUCUCAGAGUCUCCAACUGCACCUGGGACAGCGCAUUCUGCGCUUUUGCAGAAGUACAUCGUGGCGCUCAAGGAUGUUGUGCCGCUGCUGGACUACAACUGCAAGGGUCUUGUGCAUUCAAUCAUCGAUUGCAGCUGGAUAGCACGCAAUGAGCACUUUGUGCAGGCUUACCGUAAUCUACUGCGGUCGCUGCUCUCAGUACACCCUGCAUACACGUCGACGGUCCUGCAAAUGCUUGUUCAGAUGUUCAGAGAGACGCCCUCGACUACCGCCAGAGCGCAGGACGAUCCUGCUAUUCAGCCAGCGCACCUCACACAGCGGAUACACGAAUGCCUCAGAUCGUUUCUGCGGCAAAGCCCCAUGGCAAGCACCUACCUCGGUCCAAUCAUCGCCAACACGUUUCCCCACUCCAGCGACACGGCGAAAAUACACACACGGUACAUCAGGAACAUCCUGCAGAUCUCAGAGUACUGUACAGAGCUGAAGGGAGAGAUACUGUCACUUGUGACCGACAAGAUCGCCAAGAUCGAUGUCCAGAUCCAAGUAGACAUGGACGACCUGGAGGACGACGAGGAGGAGCUAGUAGGGCGGGCGAUCAACGACGCAGAGGGGGAGGACAUGAGUGACAACGAGUCCGUCUCGAGUGAAGAGAGCCUCGAUCCAGAAGACGUACGAAAGCGCCAGAUCCAAGAGAAUGUCAACAAACUCGACACAGUAAUGGACCUCCUCUUCACACACUACGACGCCGUCUUCGCAAAAGGCGACCUAUUCGAUAGCGACGAGCUCUUCGAAUCCCUCCUCGUCCAAUUCUCAAACAUCAUCCUCCCCACCUACCGCUCGCGCCACGUCCAAUUCCUGCUCUUCCACUUCAGCCAGACCUCGGCGGACCUAACCGAGCGCUUCGCAGGGUGCUGCUCGCACCUCGCCUUCGACCAGCUCCGGCCGCACAUGCUGCGCGUCGCAGCCGCUGCCUACCUCGCGUCCUUCAUCGCGCGCGGCGCCCACGUCUCCGGCGCCGUCGUCCGCGACGUAUUCGACCUGCUGUGCCACCACCUGGAGCGCCUGCGGGUGCAGCAGGAACCGGGCUGCAAAGGCCCUGACCUGCGGCGCUACGGCACUUACUACGCCAUCUGCCAGGCGCUGCUGUACACGUUCUGCUUCCGGUGGCGCGACCUGAUCGUGUUGCCCGACGGCCGCACGCCCACGGACCAAGACAUCAUCUACCACGACGGCGACUUCGCGUGGCACGGCUCCGUCCACGCCAUCCUGCACAAGAACAUCUUCUCCAAGCUCAACCCGCUGAAGAUCUGCGCCCCGAGCAUUGUCGCCCAGUUCGCCCGCAUGGCGCUGCAUCUGCGCUUCCUGUACGUGUACCCGCUGCUCGAGACCAACAAGCGUGUGCGCCUCGCCCGCACCAUGGCCGGCGCGUAUCUAGCCGGCAUCGGCGGCCGCGAGACGGCGCUCACGCAGAAGAGGGGCGACGAUAUGUUUCUCCUUGACGCGUAUUUUCCGUUCGAUCCUUACGUGCUGCCGCGCAGCAGGCGCUGGAUCGAGCACGAUUACGUCCAGUGGACGCCCGUGCCGGGCAUGCCUGUGGACCGAGACGAGGAGGAGGAUGAUUCUGAAGCCGACGACGAUGAUGAGGACGACGACGACGACGAUGAUGAGGAGAGUGGCGCCUCGGAAGCAGAAGGCGAGGCUGGGGCGGAGCAUGGGGGCCCGGGACAUGUGCCCGAGGACCUCGAUGACCAGAGCACGGAGGCAAGUGUCUGACUGGAUGUGUCUGCGGUUUCUCACACGGCGUUCGCGGAGCGCGAGUUCUUUUGCAUAGCUCGGCGUUGGAUGGGUCAGCGCUGGUCUCACGGAUUGUGUGCGCAUGAUGGAGAUGGAUCAAGCAUGUACUCAAGCAGAAGUAGUGCCACGAUGAAGAAUUGAUGUAUAUCGAUG